AUGUCACCUGUGGUGACUAUAACAGCUUUGAACGAUCCUGUCGCACUUGUACAUAUUCCAAUUCACCUAGCUGAUUCAUACACCACCAAACUGUAUUGGACCAUCAUAAAAGCUGGCGAUCUGUCUGCAGAGUUUUUCAACGUCACUUCAAAUCGUGUGGAGAUCGCCGUCUUCGGCUCUAUCGACCUAGUCAAUGAAGAAUGGUCCGACGCUGAUCAAGAUGUGAGAGUUAGUGGAAGUUGGAGAGUGUUCGAAAUAUCGUCAGGGGACGAGGGAGAGGGCGGUAAUUAUGACUCUCCUCAUCUACGUGAAGUCUCCGCGCCAUUGGCAAAAGCUGGCAUUUCGAUCCUCUAUCAAUCUUCUUAUUUCACCGAUUUUCUACUAGUCAGAUCAUCGGACUUCGUCCGUGCUUCAGAAAUAUUUGCCGGCCAAGGGUGGCACAUAGAUCCUCUUCCUUCUAUUCCCCGACGUCAUUCCCAACUUCUCUCACCGACCUCCCCGUCCCCCACUCGACCAUUCCCAUCACCUACAACACGUAUAUCCCCUCCACCUCCUUCUCAACCAGAAAUAACAGUACUCUCUUCUCCUCUAGCUUGCAUCGGUAUUUCCCAUUCAGCAGCAACUUCAGACGUAGCCGAACGUCUAAGACGAUUUAUAGUUUGGCCUGAACGUUCCGUUCAAUCCUCUCAGACUUCUCGAUCCCGUGAAACUUCUCCUUGCUCUGAUUCUCGUGAUCACUCCACAGAGAGAUACGGAAGGAGGAAAAGACCAAGAAAGGAAGAAAGCAGACCAUUCGUCAGUUACACAAGGACUGAAGAUGGGAGUAGUCUCAUGACUGAAACAAGAGCUUUGAAAGCUGUUUUCGAAGGACAGGAAGUUGAUAUACAAUCCGGUGGAGAAAUACUUUCAGACUGGGAGGAUGAAUCUGAUUUAGAUUUGUCUGAUGGAGAAUCAGAUUUGGAAGAUGAUGAAAUGCCAAGGACACCUGUUUCAGCUAGAUCAGGAUAUUUCUCACUUCAUCAUGGGGUACAAAAUCAGACAGAUGAGAAUACUCAGACAGAUGAAAAUGAUCAAACAGGCGAGAAUUCUCGGACGGGUGAGAAUGAUGGCGACGAGAUUGGAAACCCUGAAAGAGAUAAUGAGGAAAGGACAGGAAGAAGAAAGGAGAGCGUGAAAUAUGAAGGAGAAAGAAAUGGUGGAAAGAAAAGAUUCUCUUUACCUGCUACACCUGGUGAUUCACCAAUGACCAUUCAAUGGACUGGGAGAGUGACCAGAUCAAUUUCGAACAGAGCGAAGAGAGAAGGAGAAAGAGGAGGAAGGAAAAGAUGUUUACAAUUGGAUUUAAGAGGUGUAGGUAGUGGUGAUGAAGGAGAGGGAACAUAUCAUAUGGACAAAUCAGGUCUAGUCACCAGAUUCUCUUCUUUAUUAAACACAGCACAAAUCAAGAUGCUUUAUUCAUCAACUAUGCACACUGCAAACGUUUUGGUCGAAGCUAGGGACGUUAGACGUGCGAAAAGUUUGUUAGAAAGAGGUGGAAGACAAGUUUCACCUUGUUCUGUUCUUUAA